AAUGGCUGUGAGCCUGGUAUUUGUUUGAUCCGGUAAUAAUUUGCAAUUAACAGUUUGUAAAAAACUGUGAUUUAAAUGUUUUUUUAUGAUUGACAAUAGUCACAAUGUUCUUGACAUUAAUUAAUUGUGCUAAAAAAGCCAAGAGCAAGCAUAUAUUAGUAUCAUGUGCAAGCCUGGUUAGUGGACAUCGAGUAAACAGAAUUCGAGAGCGAUUGGGCGACAAAUUAGAAUUUUUAUAUUUCGAUCCUUAUGUUCAAGAAAAAGUUGUGUACAGGGAACUGAAAAAACUUAGAAGUAUUGAUUUCAUCAAGGACAAAAGAUAUGAAAAAUUAGGUCACAUAAAUUAGAAUAAAAAAUGAGAAAGAAAAAUAAAAAGUUGCAUACUUAA